UUAUUCAGUUAUUGCAAUGACCAUAGCAACAGUUUUACAAGAUGAAGGUCAGUAUCUAUCGGGAAAUCGUUCGCUUCCUAAAUCAAAUAGCGUACUUGAAUCAGAAGUAUCUCCUGUAACAAUGAGAUUUAACAUCACACUUCUUAUAUGUUCUUCCUGCGGUGUUGUUUGCUGUUUGUUACUACUAUACGGACUAUUUAAGGAUGAAAAGCUGUUACUGGUACCAUGGAUUAUCAUUGUGAUUAUUUGUAGCUUUGUUGACAUAUCACAUUUAAUAUAUUUAUUUUUCUUCGUUUCGCUGGCGUUUAAUCCUAUAACUGCUAUGGUCCUCACAAUUGAUUUUUUUCUUUUAUGCUUGAACAUGCCAUCAAAAACACAUACACGCUUUUAUUAG